UCGUCGGCCGAUUCCGAAUUCCAUUGCUCCAUAAACAGUCGUUUGCGAGGUCUCUUGAUGAUUCAUUCUGUCACGGUUCAGUAGCUGAACUCGCUUGUUUAAGUAUAAACGUUAUCAGUCGUGGCUUGUUUUUAAUUGUUGGCGGAAAUCUCUGGGUUAUUUUUUAUUUUCCUUCCAAUUAAUACAGCAAUAGGACGUUUUGUUAGUAGAUACCAAUUCAUCAGGUGAAUCGUAGUGCUUCUAAAAAUAAUAUAGUGAUUAUCAAUCCAGUAGUUUGCACUUAAUCGUAGGCAUACAUGUAUUUAUAUAUAUUCGUGACUAUCUGUGGUUAUUGUUGAACAACGUGUUUUUUGUUGUUGUAUUUAUGGAUGUGAUGUGGAUGAACUGUAGCUGUUAAGUUAAUAAAAGAAGUCCUCAGGCUCAUUGGCAUUGCAGCUGUUGUUAACCGGUUUCCAAGUGGAACUUGAGGAAGAAGUCAGUCCAAACCAGCCCUUUAAGAUGUCGGCCCAUUGGUGAUUGUACCGAUGAGCUUAUAUGGGAUCGGUUUGCCAACAGGGGUCACAAUGCGAGAAAAGAAAAGUGGUGCUAUGUCUCGUAUGCAAAAACUCAAGAAAAGACUGUCACACUCUUUUGGACGAUUAGCGGUUUCAAAGGAGGAAUCAGAUGAACACCAGAACCAUGGAAAAUUGCCUUAUAACGGGUACAGUGACGAGUUCCUAGACAGAUUAGAACCGAAUGGUAAUAUUCCUGCAGGCAAAGGUGGUCUCAAGUACGAUUGGAACACAGUAGGUGGACACGACAGGGUAAAACGACAGUUGUCGGUCUCAUCAGAUAGUAAACUAUUAGAUGAUGAUAUUAGAGAAGAAACCCGCGUAAUACUUCGACCUCGGAAGCCUCCUAGACCUAAGUCAGAAGUUUUGUUAAAUCAGGGAAGCGAACACCGGAGAACUAAACGAUUUUCUGCUUUUGGGGGUGAUUCCCCGUUUGGAAAGUCGGAAGCGUAUAUAAAAUUAGAACAAUUAGGAGAAGGAUCAUAUGCUACAGUAUAUAAGGGGUACAGCAAUUUAAAAAACCAGGUGGUGGCUCUGAAGGAGAUAAGACUUCAAGAGGAAGAAGGAGCACCGUUCACCGCUAUCAGAGAAGCAUCGUUACUAAAAGAACUGAAACACUCGAACAUUGUCACUUUACACGAUAUUGUUCACACGAAAGAAACCCUCACCUUUGUUUUUGAAUACGUGCAUACAGAUCUGUCGCAGUACCUGGAACGUCACAGUGGAGGUUUGGAACCCCGCAACGUGCGCCUGUUCCUCUUUCAGUUGUUGCGUGGUCUCGCAUACUGUCACAAGAGGCGCGUGCUGCACCGUGACGUCAAACCGCAAAAUCUAUUGAUAAGCGAAAUCGGCGAACUUAAAUUGGCAGACUUUGGCCUGGCCAGGGCGAAGUCGGUGCCAAGUCAUACGUACUCCCACGAAGUUGUGACGUUAUGGUACCGACCGCCCGAUGUUCUACUCGGCAGCACCGAAUACUCCACCUCCCUCGACAUGUGGGGAGUUGGGUGCAUCUUUGUCGAGAUGAUCACCGGCUUGGCCAUCUUCCCAGGAGUUCGUGAUACUUACGACCAACUUGACAAAAUAUUUAAGGUAUUAGGGACGCCAUCAGAAGAAGAUUGGCCAGGAGUCACGCGACUUCCCGGUUACAAAAGUCAAAAACUAGGUUACUAUCGACCAAGAAGGUUGGGUCAUUAUUGGCCCCGAUUACACGACGUUGUGCAGGGUGAAGCCAUGGCUACUUCACUCCUUCAGCUCGAUCCGCAGAGGAGAAUUGGCGCUGAAGAUGCCAUGCAACAUCCGUAUUUCAACGGACUUCCCAAAAAAUUGUUAGAACUGCCAGAUGAUGUUUCCGUCUUUAGCGUGGAAGGAGUGCACCUUUACCCGGAACAGUAUUCCGGGAUCAAAUGAGGGUUUCGACAGCGUAGACUCCCGAACUACUAAAAGUUAUCAAAAAAUAAAAAUAAAUAAAUAAGAAGAGCAAUUGAUCGUCGUCGUCGUCGUCGUCGUUAUCAAAUCAGUUACUGUUACACUCUUCUCAUUCCAUUGCUGUUCCAAGGCGCGAGUAGUUGCACCUCAACAGGCGCCACAGGAUCAAAUACCACACGGACGGAAUCCAACUGAUAACACAACCAAUCGGUUCGGGUUUCGCGAUAAUACUCACACAAUCAAGUCUUUUAGCGCCGCUCACCGACUAACUAACUAACUAACUGUAGGUGAUAUAUACAUGGGACCCAUUCUUUUACGUUAACGGUAAUAUUUUUGACGUAUUUAAAUUAAUUUUAACGAGCGCGAGGCUACGACUCAAAAAAUUCGGAUUCAGUCAGUGUCUAGGACAGUAAGUUGUUGAUUUCCUCUUAGGUACUUAGUGAGCGAAGCGAAGAAAGUUUAAUUUUAAUUUUUUAAGCAUAUUAAGUAAAUUUAUAUUUUAAUUUCGUCGGAAAUUUCUCUUAACCGUGCCAAAACCUAAUUGAAGGGAAUAUACUGUUAAUGUGCCUAAACCACAACAUCUUGGGGAUUUACGUAUGCAGACUAUUGAUCAUUAUUUUGCUUUUCUAAUGCAUGGAAUUUGUGAUUUGUAUUUUGUAAGUUCCGCGUGUAUUAUACACUUUUCUUUCGUGGUACGUACGUAAAGGAUUUUGUUAUGAUGUGUCGUAAAAGAAAAUGAGCGAAUUAAGUGUUAGUAGUUUUUUUUUUUUUAAUGUGGAA